AUGGCUAAAGACAGUGACUUGUCGCAGUCGUCUCCAAAUGGCAAUGAUCAAGCCACCCAGCGUCUUAAUCAGGUCUCCUCGCAUCUCUCCACAGACCCACCAAAGAAACAAACGAAGGAGAAAGACCCAGCAUCACGUCUUCCAGCAGACCACUCCGAUGUCUUGGGACAAAUUGCUGCCCUUCGCAAGAUUGCCGCAACGCCAGAUCCCAACCACAGAGGCUAUGUGCGGCAAAAACAAGCAGGAAAGCUAUGGGUCCGCGAGCGUAUCGAACAACUUCUUGACCCUGGUUCAUUCACUGAGAUAGGAUCUGUAUCAGGAACUGUAACGUGGAAGAAGACCGCUCCAAUGCGCGAGGAGCCCGUGUCUUUUAUUCCGAGCAAUAAUGUUCAAGGGGCAGGUAUGCUCCGUGGAAGAAAGGUUCUGCUUACGGCGGACGACUUUAGCAUUCGGUCUGGACAUGCAGAUGGUGCAAGUUCGGGGAAGACUGUCUACGUCGAGAAGUUGGCGAUUGCACUGCGGAUUCCUGUCGUGAAGCUUGUUGAUGGAAGUUCUGGGGGUGGUAGCGUCACAACUAUCAAGAAGGAAGGGUGGAGUUAUCUACCUCAUGUGGCUCCGUUCAAGCCAGUUAUUCAACAGUUGAAUAUGGGAAUUCCCAAUUUGGGUGCUGUUGUUGGGCCUGCGAUCGGUCUUGGCGCCGCCAGGGUGGUCUCUUGUCAUUUCUCAGUCAUGGCAGCAGAUAUUGGAGCCCUUUUUAAUGCCGGACCAAAGGUUGUCGAAGGCGCGACCUUUGAGGAAGGGUUGGAUUUUCAGGAUUUGGGUGGCCCGAUGGUUCAUUGUAUGAAUGGAACGAUCGAUAACCUAGCUGCGAACGAGGCCGAAUGUUAUGAACAGCUACGCACAGUGCUGGGAUAUCUUCCGAACUCUGGAAGUGAGGCUCCACCAGUUAUCCCAUGCGAUGAUCCUGUGGAUCGAGAGGAUGUCGCUCUACGUAGUAUCAUCCCUCGCCGACAAGCUCGCAUGUAUAACCCGCGAACAAUCAUCACCUCGGUCGUUGACCAGGGCUCUUGGUUUGAGAUUGGUUCCCUGUGGGGUCGGACUGCUAUUGGUGGACUUGCGCGUUUGGGAGGACACCCUGUGGGUGUGAUCUCGCUGAACUGCGAAGUAAAUGGCGGUGCGCUUGACGCAGCCGGGAGCCAGAAACUGACCCGACUGCUCAAAAUGUGCGAUGUGAUGAACUUACCGAUUCUGCAAUUCCUUGACGUCCCCGGCUACGCCAUCGGCACCGUCGCUGAGCGCACCGCAACUAUGCGCUGGGGAGUUGAAUUGGCGAAGACGUACUACACUACCACUGUACCAAUUUUCAAUGUGGUGACACGCCGCGUGUUUGGUGUUGCAGGAGGCGUGAUGCUCGGAUCUCGCGACCCCGUCAUGCAGGUUGCCUGGCCUUCCGGCCAAUGGGGGUCCCUGCCACUGGAUGGUGGAAUUGAGGUCGGGCACCGGCAUGAGUUGCGUGAGGCGGAGAAGGUUGGAAAGAAAGAGGAGCGAUAUAAAGAGCUAGAAGAGGAGUAUCUACGUCUGAUGAAUCCUGUUCGAACCGCGAAUGCGUUUGGCGUCGAGGAGAUUAUUGAUCCUAAGGACACCAGGCAAGUUUGUUGCUCAUGGGCAACGCAUGUUUAUGAGGCUCUUAUGAAGGAAAGAAUUUCCGAUAGAGCUUGCGGUAAGAUCCAUCCUUCUUUUGCUUGA